CGACAUCGGCCGCUCAAUAUGGAUCGCAACCAGGACAAUGCAAACCUUCUCGAUACUCACAAUCGACUCACGGCUGACAUUGUCGCCCGCUUUCGUACACUCACAAUGCUAGCGACCAUUCAAGCGGAGGCCUCGAACCAGAAUGUUGACCCGCAGACCAUCGCCGUCACGGGCAUGUCGAUGCAGAUGGAAUUUGAGGGUCUUAACAGCUCGGUGAAAGAGCUCCUCGCCUUGAGCCGUCGCCUGAAGGAGCUGUGGCUUUUUGGCCGUCUGGGCGACGAGGACGAACGGGCUAAAGCUCAAGCCGAAAAACUGGACCAGGAUGUCGUACGUGUCGCUGAGCUCGUCAAUUCCAUCCAGGGUAACCGGUACACCAAGCUAGCGGAGGAGAACGGGGGCGUUUGGGCGUUCUUGAGUGCGGCGAACUCAAGGAACGAAGUUACCGAAGCUCCGCUUACGCAAAUUGCACCGACUCCUGGCCCAGGCACAGGCACCGGUGCGGCACCAACACCGAUGCCUGCACCAUAGUAAUCGAUCGCACAUCUUGAAAGAAUACAAUCAUGUCCAAGCGGGGCGGCCGCGACCAAGAGACGAUCGAAUGGCGUUUUGGCGUUGAUACCCAGCGGCAACAUAGUUAUGGUACAUUUGGCUUUACAUGGCGCUGCUAGGCGACUCAGAAUCAUUUGAUAAUCGGCAUGC